AUGCAUUCGUUCUAUUUUAUUCUCUUGUUCUUUAUUUUACUAUAUACAUUUCAUAAUACAUAUGCUGAUGAUAAAUCAAAACCAAAAAUUAAAAAAGAUCCAAUAGAUUUUACUGAAAAUGAUGUUAAUAAUCUUUUCGAACAAUGGGAGGAAAAUGAUGAAGAUAUAUUACCUGAAGAUGAACGACAUGAUUUUUAUUUACGUCAUCCAUACGGUAAACAUCAACCACCUAUGUUUAAACCAGAAGAAUUAACUGGAAAAGAUCCAGAAAGUUUAAUAAAAAUGACAAAAAAAGGACAAACAAUGAUGAUGUUUGCAACUGUUUCUGGUAAUCCUACAAGACGAGAAACAGAAGAAAUAACACAAAUAUGGUGGGCAGCCUUAAAAAAUGCUUUAUAUGAUGUAACUAAAUAUAUUGUUGAUGAUACACGAGUUUUAUUUCUUUUACAAGAUGGUUCACAAGCAUAUGAAGUUAAAAAUUAUCUUGUUCAACAGGAUCGUUGUCAAGAAGUAACAAUCGAUAAUCGACCAUAUUAUGGAAAAGGAGCUCAAAAUGCUCAACAAGCGAAGAGUCAAGAUUUAUAA